UACUCUGUGGUGACAAUCAAAAAAGCGCAAAAGCCUCGUUUCGAUUUCGUGAAAUUGAAAUCUUAAAAAUUCAAAAAAGCUUGUAAAUUUGUAAAUAAAUAUAAGUGAAAAUGAGUGAGUUUUGGCUAACUAUUGCUACAGAAAACGUUCUCGACAAAUGCAAGUGUUGUCUAAGUGAGAUGGAACUGAAGACUCUUUGGGAUCAACACGAAUUCGAAGGGGACGGAGAAGUUUACGGCGAAAUGUUGAACGAAUGUUUUGGUAUUUCAUUUCACCAACCUGACCCAUCAGAGCAAAUUUGUGAAGUAUGCAUAGUACGGUUGAGGGAAGCACUUGAAUUUAAAAAGGAGAUCUUAGCUACACAGGAGAUGUUGCAAGAAGGUGUACAAGUUGUAAAGGAGGAGGUAUUUGAUGAGGAACUGGACGAUGUGUCUUCAACUUAUGAGACUGUGGAGUUUAUUGAGGAAGAGGACAAAAGCGAUGAUGACUACAUACCAGAAGAUGCGCCCUCCAGCCCCGAGGAGCCAGUACCAGCACUUCGCAAAACUAAGUACCCUAAGAAGCUGGCUCGGAGUCAAAGGAACAAGACAUACAAGCAGUACACUAGGGAAGAUCUACAGAAUGCUGUGUGGGAGGUUCAGAAUGGGGGCAUGUCGUGUGUAGAAGCCGGCAGGAUGUACGGAGUGCCCAAGGGAACUGUGCUGGCUAAAGUCAACGAGUCUAUGUCAGAACCUAACAACUUUGACGAGCUCAAAGAGAUCACCAACGAUAAGUUCUACAAGUUUGUCAAAGAGAUCCAGAAGCUCCUCACAUACACCAACGCUAUACCGUUCAGGACACGAACCCUGACGAGCUCCGCAGUCACACAACCACCGAGCACGACAAGGAGAGAAUAA